AAUCCUCAUUUGUCAGUCUGGAGCCUCAGAAGCUUUGCGUCUUUGCAGACUUCACUUCAGAACUUCAGAGGCUUCCGAAAUGGUUGUUUGCACACUUGCCGGAUACUUGGAACAUUUGAAAUACUGGCUCAUGGAAAAAUGGCUCAAGUUUUGGCAAUAGGCAAUCAAAGGAUUCUUCACUGUGACAUCUUUGACCGUAGCAGCAAUGGGGCCUGUGGAUUCCAUUGGCUAUGGGAAACUUUUUUUCAUCUGGGCAUGUGGAACAACGGAUUUUGUGACCGACAUUUUCUUCUUGGUCGAUAGCAUCAAGACCCACUUUGCAUUUACCCACAUGUGCGCCGUCUGCGGAGAGAUUGAAGAAUCGGAGCUGUUGGGACACCUUUUUUCGCUAUAGCUUGCAUUUUUGGUUUGAUCAUUGUUGUCCUCCUUCACUUAUGGAAAUUGAUGGGAACCUUUCUCUUUAUGACUGAUGACCACUCCGACGUUAGCUUUUCAGGCGUGACCUUGGCAAACAGCCCAGGGUUGUUUUUCAUCUUCUGCUGUCGUCCAACGAAGCUUGAUGACUUUGUGGGCUUCAUCCAAGACUCCCACCCUUGGAACCCGAGGAUGUUAGUGGAUAUGGCUUUUGAGGACAUACCAUCACUAGUCCUCAACUCUGUGGACAUGUUCAAGUUUGGCAACGGUGGCGUCUUGAAUUGGCUCUCGUUUCUGGCCUCGAUCGCCCACAUCCUCGUGUGCUGGUGGCUGCUUCGCAGCCGCGACACCGCGGGCCAUGCCAAAUCACCAAAGGCCGCGCGGUGGGUGGAAGAUGGAGUCUCAGCCAUGAAUUCCGUCCUGGGAGUUGCUGAAGCUGGAGGUUGAUGUUCUUUGAUGCCUCUACAGCCAAUUCAUUGCAUGGAUGUACGGUUACGCUCAUGAGUGUCAAGAUGAAUAUAGUUAUCCCUGAUUCCAACCCUUGUGCAGCUGGGAAGUUCUGGAAGAUGGGCCACUGAGCAGUUGACCAGUGCAUUGGAGGAACAUAUCCUCGCAAUAUCUUCAUUCUUGCCGCACUGACUAGGAGCUGCACGAAGAGCAAUGCACGAAGCGUAAAAAGCAUUCUUGACACCCCUUGGCAGCAGUUGACACUACGUCACAGCACUUGACACCAUUUGACACCACUUGACACCCCUAAACGUUUUGAGGCUUUUGAGGUCAGUAAGACAUCAUUGACAGUGUCGAGCAGAAGGUCCAACCGGUGUCUGGAACAACGUCUCGACCUUGUCAAUCGAUCUUUAGAGCUUGGCAUUUGACAACAGUUUCACUCAAAGUUUUUAAAGCAUGACUCUUCUCAGCAAUCUUAAAAACCAGAACCUUUGGUGUAAUGUCACACCAUCUUACUCCUGAAUAUUUUGGGAUACUAUUGAGAUGGUGGAAUCAUAAAAGAAAACACCAUUCUACUAUUUUGGGGGCUUUCUAUCCUGUAUAUCAUCCAUCAAUCUUGGGAUCCACUU